GUGUUCACAACUAAGGCAUCAUAUUUUUUUCCUUUCAGUCAAGAUCUUUGCAAUAGACUUGYGCCCAUCACUGGUCAAAGAUGCUCUUUUUAGAGCAAUGUGUGAGCUUGGUGUGGACUCCAUUGAGUCCUUUAUUAUCUCUCGAGCCAAACAAGAACAUAUGACAAGUGAAGAUCAUUUCAAAGGACUCCAGCAACUAUGGGAGGAAAUGGAAGAACUCUACGAUUGUGGCUAUGUGAAAACUCUUGGAACUUGUGACUUGGAUAAGGAAACACUGGAGAAGCUUUAUAACUGGGCAAGG